AUGGAUACAGCAUCAGUCCAGAUCAAGGCACAGCUGCAGAGAAGGGAUGGGAAGGAGAAAUCUAAAAGUGUACCAAAAGGUUUAAAAACCCAGAAGAAAAAGAAACCCCUGGAUGCAUCAGACUUAGUCCAGGCUGGAUUUGAAGAAGUGCAGAAGCUCAACCAACAGAACAAUCAGCUUUCUCAAUGCACGGCAGAGACAGCAGUCAGCACAGCUGCACAUCUGGAUCUUAUUGAAGAAGAGCAAGAAGGAGAGAAAUAUAGGGAAAGAAAAGAUGACAAAAACAACAGGAUGCAGUGGAAGAACAGGCAGAAAGCCGAGUGGAGGGAGGUGCUGGAGGAGGAGGAGAAGGAAUUGAAGGAGGAAGAGGAAGCAGGACUUGAAGCUGCAGAGGCGGGACCAGAGAGACCAGAGGAGGGGACGGAAGAGGAGAGGAAAGAUGCAGAGCCAGUAAUUGACGAAUAUGUCAUUGAUUCUUCCCCUCCUCCACCUGCACCAUUUGAGCACCGUCUAGUGACAACUAAAACCCACCAGAUUACAAGUUACUACACUAUCAAUAAAGCGGAAGUACUUGGAGGAGGUCGCUUUGGCAUGGUGCACAAAUGUGUAGAGAAAUCUUCUGGCCUCAUAUUAGCAGCCAAGAUCAUUAAAGCCAGGAGUCAGAAAGAGAAGGAGGUAGUAAAGUGUGAGAUUGAGGUGAUGAACCAGUUGAAUCAUGCCAAUCUGAUCCAGCUCUACGCCGCCUUUGAAUCUCGACAUGAAAUCAUUCUAGUGAUGGAGUAUGUUGAUGGCGGAGAGCUGUUUGACCGGAUCAUAGAUGAAAACUACAAGCUGACCGAGUUGGACACAGUGCUGUUCAUCAGACAGAUCAGUGAAGGGCUUCAGUAUAUGCACAAGAUGUACAUAUUACACCUUGACCUAAAGGUACCAAACACAUUCUUCCCUGAAAACAUUCUCUGUGUCAGUCGACAAACAAACAAGGUGAAGAUAAUUGACUUUGGGCUUGCAAGAAGAUAUAAACCCAGGGAAAAGUUGAGAGUGAACUUCGGCACACCUGAGUUCCUGGCUCCUGAAGUGAUCAACUAUGAAUUUGUCUCAUUCCCAACUGAUAUGUGGAGUUUAGGUGUCAUCACUUACAUGCGUGAGCUCAGUGGCUUGUCUCCGUUCCUGGGUGAGGAUGAUAAUGAGACACUAAAUAGCAUCCUGGCGUGUCAGUGGAGUUUUGAAGAAGCAGAGUUUGCCGACAUCUCUGAGGAGGCCAAAGACUUCAUCUCACGCCUGCUUGUGAAGAGCAAAAGUUGGAGAAUGAGUGCAUCCCAGUCCCUGAAACACCCAUGGCUUUCAGACCGAGCGCUUCACUACCGUCUACACCCAUAAGAAAAACAAGUGUCACUCUUCUCAUGCCCCUCCUCAAGAGGGAUAAACAGAAGAGAUAAUUUGCUCUCCUGAUGCCUUGGUGACACACUGGACCAAUACUGUUGUACCUGAACAACUACACAACA